CCCCGCUUCCUCACCCUGGCAACGGGAGGGUGACUACUUCCGGUGCUGUGGAGCUCGGGACUGACGCGGGGUAAUUCCUCUCCUGCAAUUACUUUUGGGUGGAAGUAUGCUCUUUUUCCAAUAGAAGAUGGUGAUCUUGGAGAAUGACCAUGGAGAAGGGGAUGAGUUCUGGAGAAGGGCUGCCUUCCAGAUCAUCUCAGGUUUCGGCUGUUAAAAUAUCAGCCAAAGAGCUGGAAACAAAGCAGUCCCAUAAAGAGAAGCGAGGGGGCUUUGUGCUGGUGCAUGCAGGUGCAGGUUAUCAUUCUGAAUCCAAAGCCAAGGAAUAUAAACAUGUAUGCAAACGAGCUUGUCAAAAGGCAAUUGAGAAGUUGCAGGCCGGCGCUCUUGCGACAGAUGCGGUGACUGCAGCUCUGGUGGAACUUGAGGAUUCUCCUUUUACAAAUGCAGGAAUGGGAUCUAACCUAAAUCUCCUGGGUGAAAUUGAGUGUGAUGCCAGCAUAAUGGAUGGAAAGUCCUUGAAUUUUGGAGCUGUUGGAGCACUAAGUGGAAUCAAGAACCCAGUCUCAGUUGCGAACAGACUCUUGUGCGAAGGGCAGAAGGGCAAGCUCUCGGCCGGCCGGAUUCCUCCCUGCUUUUUAGUUGGAGAAGGAGCCUACAGAUGGGCAGUAGAUCAUGGGAUACCCUCUUGCCCUCCUAACAUCAUGACCACAAGAUUCAGUUUAGCUGCAUUUAAAAGAAACAAGAGGAAACUAGAGCUGGCAGAAAGGGUGGAAACAGAUUUCAUUCAACUAAAGAAAAGAAGACAAUCAAGUGAAAAGGAGAACGACUCGGGCACUUUGGACACAGUGGGCGCGGUAGUUGUGGACCACGAAGGGAAUGUUGCUGCUGCUGUCUCCAGUGGAGGUCUGGCCUUGAAACAUCCAGGGAGAGUUGGGCAGGCUGCUCUUUACGGAUGUGGCUGCUGGGCUGAAAACACUGGAGCUCACAAUCCCUACUCCACAGCUGUGAGUACCUCAGGAUGUGGGGAGCAUCUUGUGCGCACCAUACUGGCUAGAGAAUGUUCACAUGCUUUACAAGCUGAAGAUGCUCACCAAGCUCUGCUGGAGACUAUGCAAAACAAGUUUAUCAGUUCACCUUUCCUGGCCAGUGAAGAUGGUGUGCUUGGAGGAGUGAUAGUUCUCCGGGCCUGCAGAUGUUCUGCGGAGCCUAACUCCUCCCAGAAUAAGCAGACACUUCUAGUGGAAUUUCUGUGGAGCCACACGACGGAGAGCAUGUGUGUCGGAUACAUGUCCGCCCAGGAUGGGAAGGCCAAGACUCACAUUUCCAGACUGCCUCCCGGGGCGGUGGCCGGACAGUCCGUGGCAAUCGAAGGUGGGGUCUGCCGCCUGGAGAGCCCAGGGAGCUGAACCUUCAGGCUGAGCGCCGAGCAUCCGAGAGGCAUUUCAGAACCUGAGCUUCGUGGGGGUUUUAACUGAAGUCAGAUGUUUUUACCUUCCUCGUUUUCUGAGUCCUGUGGCAGCCUCGGGCACUGCUAGCGACACUAGCGCUGCUGUAGUUAGUGCUUGGCGACACACGGGCCUUUGGCGGAUGAGCAGGACUGAGUGUGCGUGUGAGUGUGAGUGUGUGUGUGCGCACACGUGCAGUGCGUGCGCUUGCUUCUCCUUCGAUGAAAUAGAAACUCCUCCUUGUUGUGUAACCCAAGACCAGGAAUGAUUUAAUCCUCUUCACAAAAUGUGUUUACGAGUAAAACCUACUGUUACAAGAAACAGUUUUGAUCUCACAGAGAGGUACCGACCGUCGCUGAUGCCACGUGUCUGAGCUGCAGAGUCGUCUCCUUGUUGAAAUGAUCUGCCCGUGUAGUGCUCCCCUUGACAACAGUAAUAGUAACGAAGUGUUUUUAUUUGUUAGCCAGUUUAAGUGGAUCCUGUGGUAACUUAAACUGUCCUUCUCCUCCCUCUUGUGGGGCAUUUUUCUUUAACAAAGAAUGGUUUCAGUGAAACAAUCUCACGGAGAAUUAAGGUCAGAGCCUUUUUAAAUAAUAGUCUUAUUGAUGAAGUUUGUACUUCUUUCCUCAAGCUUUUCGAAGCUUAAAUACGGCACAGCCUCGUGCUGUGGGUGCUGUAUUACGAGAGACUAUGUAAAGAGAACAGACGGUGAUGAACAGUCCUUAAUUUGUGUAUAAUGGAAUGUUAUUUACAAUGUAACACUGUAAAUAAGAAAGCAAAAUUUAUGGGAAAAUUCAAUAUUAUCUUUGUUUCUUGUUUAAAUAUAUUUUUAAGAUAAAAGGCACAAAAAUAAAAGAAGCAUAUUACUGGGUAUAGUGUGUGACUCCUCUUCUCAGACUAAUAAAUUAUCUUUGAAGCCUA